AGCUGACAAUGGAUCGCAGCACCACACUCAGCCUGAUAACGGCGUCGCUGCUACGUCAGUCUAUAACGACGCAAAGCGCGAUCGAUCAGUCUGCUUCGUCUCCGUUGCAGACCUCGCAUCAUGGACGGCCUUUCGGGCGCAGCAAGCGUCAUCGCGGUAAUAGACAUAUCCGCCAAGAUCGCAUCGCUCUGCUACCAGUACUCCGUGGCUGUCAAGGACGCGAAGGAUGAUAUUGAGCGUGUGCGGCGAAGGGUUAGCGACAUGACCCACAUCUUGGAGAAGAUCAAGCAGCUCCUCGACAGCCAGGACAAGACGCGGCUCUCUACCACUCAGGACCUGUUUAGCUCGCUCGAACAAUGUUUGAAAGAGCUGAAGAGCCUAGACGCAAAGUUGGAUCCAGGAAAAACUCGCAAGACUAUGAGCCGGUUCGGCUUCCGUGCGCUCAAAUGGCCGCUCACGAGUAAGCAGGUGGACAAGAUCGUUUUAGACUUGGAAAGAUAUGAGCAGACCUUUAGCUUGGCACUGCAGGUCGAUCAGACAGUCGUUGUGUUCAACAUAGACCAGAAGCUGGAUCUGGCCAAACUGCCUGUCGCGAUAGGCGCCUCCUUUAAUUCCCACAACGAAGAGCACAACGCACGAUGCCUACCAGAUACCCGCACCGAGCUGCUAGACGAGAUCACAGCAUGGGCGAACAACAAAGAUGGCAAGUCCAUAUUCUGGCUGAGCGGCAUGGCGGGCACGGGAAAGUCCACGAUAGCGCGGACGGUCGCUCAGUCGUUCGCCAGUCGAGGGCAGCUUGGAGCAAGCUUCUUCUUCAAGAAGGGUGAGGGCGAGCGUGGUAACGCCUCACGGUUCUUUACCACCAUCGCCACUGAUCUAGUCGCCUGCGAGCCAGGCAUGCUACCUGGCAUCAGGAAGACGCUUAACGAGGACUCGACUAUUUCACACAAGGCCCUGAAAGACCAGUUCAAGAAGCUGAUCCUGCAACCACUCUUAGGAAUAAAGCAGUCUUGUUCGCGGGCCUUCGCGCGUGUUAUUGUGAUCGACGCGCUGGACGAAUGUGAGCGAGAAGCAGAUAUUCGGGCGAUCCUCCAGCUGCUCGCUCAGACGAAAGACGCUCGCCCGGUGCCGCUGCGGAUUUUGGUGACUAGCCGACCAGAGCUCCACAUCCGCCUAGGCUUCAAGGAGAUGUCGAACGGCACAUACCAAGACCUCGUCCUCCACGAAGUACCAAGGUGCACGAUUGAACACGACAUCCGUCUGUUCCUAGAGCAUGAGCUCGGUGUGAUACGAAAAGAACGCAAGUUGGUCUCAGACUGGCCGGCGCCACAACAGAUUAUGGCCUUGGUUGAGCUAGCAGUGCCACUAUUUAUCUAUGCUGCUACCGUAUGUCGAUAUGUUGGCACAAAAGGAGGCGACCCUGAAGAGUACUUGGACAAGGUCUUGCAGUAUCCAAAGGCGGCUUUUUCACAGCUCGACCGAACCUACCUUCCCGUCCUGGAUCAAUUGCUUGUCGAGCAGGAAGAAAGAGAUAGAGAAGACUGGCUGCACUCCUUCCGUGGACUCGUAGGUAGCAUAGUCAUCUUAGCGAGCCCACUUCCUGUCAGCUCUCUUGCGCGCCUUCUUCAAGUUCCACAGAAGCAAGUCGAACGUCGGCUGGACGCCUUGCACUCCGUUCUUAGUGUUCCUAAUAGGGAGGACAUUCCUAUUAGGCUACUGCACUUGUCUUUUCGGGAGUUCCUCGUCGACCCCCAGAAACAAGGAAAGAGCCUUUUCUGGGUGGACGAGAAAAGCACGCACAAGAAGCUCGUCUCUUGCUGCCUUGAGCUUAUGUCUGGACCAAGCGGCCUACACCAAGACUUGUGCAGCCUUCCAGGACCCGGGACACUAAGGAGCGAGAUUAAUGAGGAGAGAAUCACUAGCAGUUUAUCCCCUGACCUACAGUAUGCAUGUAGUUACUGGGUCGAUCAUCUCAAGCAAAGUGGGCAAGGUAUCGUUGGCGGAGACGCGACGCACCUCUUUCUGCAGAAGCACCUUCUUCAUUGGCUCGAGGCCAUGAGCCUUAUAAGAGAAUCGAGCAGAUGCGUUGACUUGCUUGACAGCCUCCAGGCACUUGCCAGCCCAUCGGGGAAGCUAGUUUUGGGCUUUCUUCACGACGCUAAGCGGUUCGUGCUGCGGUUUCAGUCUGUGCUCGCGGAUGCGCCGUUGCAGAUCUAUUGCUCGGCGCUAGUGUUCGCACCAGAGAGGAGCGUGAUACGACAAAGCUUUGUAGACCAAGUGCCAGAAAAGGCCAAGAUGCUAUCUAUGAAAGAAGCAGACUGGGACGCGUGUCGCAGCACGCUCGAGGGCCAUUCCUCGUGGAUCAGCGCGGUGGCCUUCUCGCCAGACGGGCAGCUAGUCGCGUCGGCAUCUGGUGACGGCACAGUACGGCUGUGGGAGGCAGCGACAGGGACGUGUCGCAGCACGCUCGAGGGCCAUUCCGACCAUGUCAGCGCGGCGGCCUUCUCGCCAGACGGGCAGCUGGUCGCGUCGGCAUCUAGCGACGGCACAGUACGGCUGUGGGAGGCGGCGACAGGGACGUGUCGCAGCACGCUCAAGGGCCAUUUCGGGUAUGUCAGCGCGGUGGCCUUCUCGCCAGACGGGCAGCUGAUCGCGUCGGCAUCUUGGGACGGCACAGUACGGUUGUGGGAGGCGGCGACAGGGACGUGUCGCAGCACGCUCGAAAGACUUCCCAAGGAUAUUAGACGUAUCGAUUUCUCGCCAGAUGGCCAGGUGCUACACACGAACGAAGGCGAUAUUCCUCUGCCUCAAACCUCUGUUGUCACAUCGCUCUUAAGGCCGCAGCCGCAGUCCUUCUAUAUCCUAGUGCAGGACCAGUGGAUAUUGCGCAACCAGCAACGCUUCCUGUGGCUUCCGCCGGAGUAUCGAUCAAGGUCAACCGCAGUACGCAAGGACAUAGCCUGUCUAGGGCUUAUAUCUGGUCGUGUGGUUCUGCUCAGGAUUUCCUAGCGUCGUGUAUUAAUCGAAUUGCUUUACUAUAAGCACAGUGCGUGCUUUACAGCGUGGGUAUAAAUAGUCACGAUAUAAUAC